UAUAGGGUGGACGGUUCUGGAACACUCACUACUACCGCAUCAUCCAUCCUGCCUCGGACGUGACAUCCGGCAUGCACCGCGACCACAGUCACAGACCAGACCCCCCCCACCCGAGCUCAUUAUCAUGUAGCCUACGCACGUAACGUCGACGGAGGGGGGCUGUCUUUAAAUACCGCGAGACAUCCCUAUCGCAGCACUACUUCUGCGGAAAAGCUGCAAUCAGGAGGAGCAGACACUCCAGCUCGUGUUUCCGGCUGUUUAACUGAAGCAUAAAGAUGUCCACCAAGGAGAAGCUGAUCAGCCAUGUGAUGAAGGAGGAGCCUGUUGGCAGCAGGAACAAGGUGACGGUGGUGGGUGUCGGCAUGGUCGGCAUGGCCUCUGCCAUCAGCAUCCUGCUCAAGGACUUGUGUGAUGAGCUGGCCCUGGUUGAUGUGAUGGAGGACAAGUUGAAGGGUGAGGUCAUGGACCUGCAGCACGGAUCCCUCUUCCUCAAGACGCACAAGAUUGUGGCCGACAAAGACUACAGUGUGACCGCCAACUCCAAGGUGGUGGUGGUGACAGCCGGUGCCCGCCAGCAGGAGGGCGAGAGCCGUCUUAACCUGGUGCAGCGCAACGUCAACAUCUUCAAGUUCAUCAUCCCGAACAUCGUCAAGUACAGCCCCAACUGCAUCCUGAUGGUGGUUUCCAACCCAGUGGACAUCCUGACCUACGUGGCCUGGAAGCUGAGCGGUUUCCCCCGUCACCGCGUCAUCGGCUCUGGCACCAACCUGGACUCGGCCCGUUUCCGCCACCUCAUGGGAGAGAAACUCCACCUCCAUCCUUCCAGCUGCCACGGCUGGAUCAUCGGAGAGCACGGAGACUCCAGUGUGCCUGUGUGGAGCGGGGUGAAUGUUGCUGGAGUUUCUCUGCAGGGCCUCAACCCACAGAUGGGGUCCGAGGGUGACAGUGAGAACUGGAAGGCUGUUCAUAAGCUGGUGGUUGAUGGUGCCUAUGAGGUUAUCAAGCUGAAGGGCUACACUUCCUGGGCCAUCGGUAUGUCUGUGGCUGACCUGGUGGAAAGCAUCAUCAAGAACCUGCACAAAGUGCACCCUGUGUCCACGCUGGUCCAGGGCAUGCAUGGCGUGAAGGAUGAGGUCUUCCUGAGCGUCCCUUGUGUCCUGGGCAACAGCGGCCUGACCGACGUGAUUCACAUGACCCUGAAGCCUGACGAAGAGAAGCAGCUGGUGAAGAGCGCUGAGACCCUGUGGGGCGUACAGAAGGAGCUCACCCUGUGAAGAGCGCUCCUCUGAGUUCUCCCGUACACUCUCAAACCACACUCGACAGUGUGGUCGACUCCCUUCUCCUGUGUGUCCCCCAUGGCACUUCAGAUAUUCACACAUUGGUGUCACUUUCCUUUGCCCCCACUCACCCCUGUAAGCCUUUGAGCUCAGCCAGUGUGUUGGAGCUAGUUUAUCUAUUUGUUGUCUUGUCUACACAAGAAAAAUAAGGUGGAUACAUUCUAUGUACUGUAUGUUACUGUGCAGUGUUGCUGCUUCUGCAGUACACUUGUUGAUUGUUGUUUGUACUUUGUAUUCUGUGAUUGUUGUGUGGUUUUUUUUCCGCUUGGUAAUCUGUUUAUUUUCCAUUUGGAGUAUAAUGGAGACAUUCCGGCCCCUAUGAGCAGGGCUUCCUAUCCACCUACAGUCAUAAUAACUCGGCUGCAUAUGUCACUGGGACAAUAUCCUGUGAUACCAAAGUACCUUAUCAUUUGAGAAAAGCAAAGCGACGUGUACUGGUUGGCAUUGAAGCCAUCAUCAACACUCCUAACCUCAAGUGCACUGCCAGGAAAAACCUGAGAGAAUUAAAAGGGGUUGACAACAAAGUGAUUGUGUAUACUUUAACUCAGCAAAGAGAUAACAGAGAACCAGUGGGAAAUAGUCAGCUACAAUCAUGAUCUAGGGCCAGGUUAUGAAUCAUAACAGAAGCUAAUAAUCUUAGCGGUUUGUUUGCACACCCUAAAUACCUCCAAAAAGUUUUGUAUUUAUUCUACUCCAACUAACUCUGGAGAAAAAGACAUCAAGAGAAAUUAUAGUAUUAUGUAUAACUGUUGAAACCAUUAAAAUCUAUUUAUGUAUUAAUAUUACAACCUUAUAUAUGGUCGAUUAGUCACCCGACUCACUCAAAAACUGUACCUGUCAUGGCAGCUGGAUAUGGAUUUUUAUUUGCUGUGAUGCUGAAUAAAUCUGCCAUGAUGAUACAA